AUGAGUAUCGAAUCAAAUACAUUCAAAAUUCUCAUUUGUUCUGAUACUCAUCUUGGUGCAGGUGAAAAGUCGCAUUGUUUAAAAGAUGAUUGUUAUCUUGCAUUUGAAGAGAUACUUCAACAGGCAAAUCAAGAAGAUGUUGAUUUAAUUCUUCAUUCAGGAGACUUUUUUGAUGACCAAAAUCCAUCAAAAUAUUGUCUUACGAAAACAAUGGAAUUAAUGCGAAAAUAUUUAAUGGGUAUACCAAAAAAAUCAUUUGAUGUAGCUUAUACAUACGAACAUAACCAAGAAGAUAAUGGGUUCUCAAUGAAUCAAGGUAUUAAAUAUCCUAUGUACGUUAUUCAUGGAAAUCAUGAUAUUCCAUCAGGAAUAGAAUAUGUUGCUGGACUAGAUAUUUUACAAACAGCAGGACUUGUUAAUUUUAUUGGUAAAGCAGAAGAUAUUUCAGAAAUUGAUAAUAAAACAGACCAAACAAUAUUACAUCUUUCUCCAAUUUUAUUACAGAAAGGAACAACUCGAAUUGCAUUAUAUGGAAUGAGUUAUAAAAAGAACGAAGAAAUGCAUAGACUAUGGGCAUCAUCUCAGGUCCAAAUUGAUGAGCCAGAUGGUGAUGUCUUCAAAAUUCUUCUCAUUCAUCAAGACAGAAUAUUAAGAAAUACACUCACAACAUUCCCUGAAGAAUUACUUAAAGACAGAUUUAAUCUAAUUGUUUUUGGACAUGAACAUUGUUCACAAGUAGAAGAAGGAACUGAUGUUCAAAUCAUUCAAACAGGUUCUUCAUUUCCUUUAUCCAUCUGUGAAUUUGAAAAAGCAGAAAAAUUCAUUGGACUUGCUCAUAUUAAUGGAAUGAAAAUUAAUAUGAAUAAAAUUGCAUUAAGAAAUGUUAGAGAAGUUUUUUAUGAAGUUGUUCAAAUGAGUCAGCUGAUUGAAGGUUCAGCUAAUUUGGAAAUGGUAGAACAUUAUAUAAGGGAAGAAGUUCAAAAUUUUUUUGAUCAAGUUAACACACAUUCAAAAACAAUGUUACCAUUGGCAAGAAUAAUAAUCGAAUACAAAAGCUUAGGAUGUAUUCCAAAUCUAAGAAAAAUGGCAUUUGAAUUUGAGAAAAACAUUGUAAACAAAGGAGAUUGUAUUAAAUUAAAAAAGAAAAUUCAAAAACGAGAAAAGAAAAGUAAUAAAAAAAUAGUUGAUGACGAUUUAUAUGAUGUUUUUUUUGAUGAUGAUUUUAUGGAUGAAGAUUUUUUGGCGAGAAGAAGAGCAGCUCAAAUAGAAGCAUAUAUCGCUGAAGAAAUGAAAUUAAAAACACCAAAAACUAUUCCUCUUAAGGCUAUUGAAAAGGUAAUUGAACAAGUCGGGAAUAACCAAGAAAAUAAUUAUGCAAUAAGUACUAUUAUUCAAUGUUAUAUAAAUAAAAACAUUGAACAAGCAAUGACAAUCAUUCAACAUGACCAUUCAAAAAAAAUGAACGAAGCUAUUGAAGAAGCAUUCCAAUACGUUGAAACAUUAACUCUAGAUGAAGAUGAUUAUGACUAUGUUGAAAGAAAAAUGGCUGAAGAAAAAGGAAAGAAAAAAUCUACAAAGAAAAGAGUUUCAAAAAAGACUAGUUCUAAAAAGAAAAAAACUCAACAAAAAGUUGUGGAUGUUGAUGAGGAAAAUCUUCUUAGUGAAAAUAGUGAUGAUGAUGUCAAAGAAAUUAAGAAACCAAUAUUUAAGAAAAUAACAAAAAAAAGUAAAAAGGUAACUAAAGAUACUAUGAUUCUUAAAAAAUUAAAAGGUACUGACCAGUUCUGA